GGGAAAAAAGUAAUAAUAACCUGUUAAUGCUACACCACACCUUGGGUGUUUGUGCCAAAAAAAAAAACAAAAUAAUUAGGGGGAAAAAACUUAGUUCUGGUCUCAGCCUAAACAUUGUUGAUCUUCUGAUUAAAUCAGUUGAGUCAGUUGUUAGCACUUUUAGGAUGUGGCAGAAAUGUAUUUAACACACAUUUUGUAUUCAUCAGAGUAUUCUAAGAGAGUGUACCAAGGCGUCAGAGUCAAGCACACAGUCAAAGACCUGCUAGCUGAGAAACGAUCAAGGCAAACGAAUGUACCACGUUUCAACGCUGCAGCCAGUUCCUCCCAGCCCGCUUUUGUACAAAUGCCAGGUGCUCACAUGCUUCCUGGAUACUACAGCAUGCGGAGGCCUUUCCUGCCCGAUUCCGAACUGUGCCACCCAAUGAAGCAGUACUCCUCAGACUCAUACUCCUCUGCUCUGGGCAGCAAGGCCUUCUCUUAUGAGCACUCGUCCAGCUACCCCUCUUUCAUCGACAGCUACUACCAACCAGAUUCAUUCGGAGAUUACAGAAGUGCGACUGCUUACACAGCUGGUGGAGGGUCACUGUUUUCCCCAUCUGCACUGUCUACACUGCUGCCUUCUCUGUCUGGCGAGACAUCAUCGCAUCUUCUCCUGAGAGAUCCAUGGGAGCAGCCUUCAGAAGAUCACGUCAGUCAGCCGGAGGUUCUUUGCCCUGAAGGCACAGCCCCGGUGGCAGAUUCCCCGUCUCUGGGUGCUGAUUCGGGCAGCUCCUCUCCGUAUCGGCUUUCGACGAGCCGCAGCAGUGGAUCUGUCCCCUCCAGCUCCCAGCCUUACACUCUGCAAACACUGGAAGACGUCCAUUAUCCAGCAGCCAGCUACAGCUCAGCUUCCAGCUACUCCUGUCCUCCAUACAUGACUAAUCCAGGUGAUCUGACUGUGGUGAAGAUGGCGUCUGUGUCUUCAGAUGAGGCUGGCGGUGGUAUUGCGUCUCUCAGUGACACCACUGCUCAAGGAUGGGCCAAGGAUGAUGGAACCAGCUCGUGGAUGCCCUAUGAGACCAGGAGGGCUUUUUAAAAGUUUCUGAAGCACUUAAGUGGAUGGAGAACUGAACUGAGGAAGAAGCUUGAACCUGAAAUAUGGCACCCCAAAACUGGUGGAUUUUCAGCUGAAGUUUUCAAUGAGCAUAAAAGCCUAUAUCAAUGAGGUCUGUAGCUGUGAAACAGCUACAUUAUUAUUAUUAUUAUUAUUAUUAUUAUUAUUAUUAUUAUUAUUAUUUUGUAGAUAUUAGUCAUUUUAUUUCAAGAUGACCUCAAACGAAUACAGGUUCCUGUUGGAUUUAUUUGCCAUUAUUAUGAAUAGCUCUGGCAAAUAACUUGGGAGGAUUUAGUAAUCAACCAUCUUUCAAUAAUCUUUUAAGAAUAAUUGGUACUGACAUAUUAAACAUGCUUCAGACAAGAGAUAUGCACCAAUAUUAAGGCUUAGAGCCAUUGCAGGUGAUAUUUUCUAAUAUGUGUUCAUACUGACCUUUUAGAUUCAUUUCAUUUUAGCAUUUUAUAGAUGAUAAUAGAUCAAAUUAAACAGGUUCAACUGCUGCAAAACUACAUUUUGUCUCUCCAGAAAUUGCAUUUUCUCCUUCCUUGGACAGACGCAAGCAUGCCUGUCCAUCUGAAACUUGGGUUAAUUAUUAUAUAAUUAUUUUUAUAUUAUUACUGUCUAUACAUAUUUGUUGAGCAAUAAUAGUAAACUGGUACUGUGAUGGUAAACAAAAAUUAUCUGCAUCUGUUUUAAUACUGUUGUGUAUCCCAGCAUUAUGAGGGACUUCAUAGGACUGGUCACAGGUAGUUAAGGUAGUUUAAAAAAAAAAAAAGAGAGCGAGAGAGAGAGGUUUUGCAGUUCAUAUUGUUUGUCUUAUGUUCUUGUGUCAAGAAAAAAUAUCAGAGGAAAAUAAAAGACUUUUUGUUUAGUCACAAAUGAUGCAUGUGAUUUUUAGACACUUGUUUUCUCAGCACCAGACAUAUUUGCAUGUUCUUUGUGCAGGUCACACAAUCAGUACUACUUUCUAAUAGGCCCAUGUUUUCUUUUUUAUAUAGUGCAUUGUAUAUUUUAGACCAGUGGUUCUCAAAGGUUUUUUUUUUUUUUCAUUACAGUAGUGGAAAUAACUACCACUAUUAUCAAAGUUAUAAUAUUAUAUUGAAGUUUUUAUAAUUGUUAGCCUGUUUGCCAGGUCACUUGAUUUGAAUGGGUUUAAUCCAAAACUCAGUAACUCGAAAACAAUUAUCCAGACAAAUAACCAGAAUGUU